CUGGAUCUUCUCGCGUCCUUUUCGACGACACACGACGAGAACACGAUAUCUCGGGACAUGAUGGCUCCCAUGGUGCUUCCCCGGGCAGACCCCGCGGGGCUGCACACGACAGAGCCCCUCGCGGGCACGAUCAUGAGCGUUAUCAUCUGCCUAGUCUCCAUCAGUAUCAUCUCCGGCUUCAUUGCUCAGAGAGGCGCAGCAUUAAAACAGUGGAAGAGGAUGCCAUUCGUGGUGUGGUUGGUGCUAUUUGUCUACCUCGAUUCAUACCUGUUCGUAUUCGUCACCGCGGUUCUGCAGUUCGCCCUCGGCGUGAACACGAACAUCCAGAUUUGCGACGGCGCUAUUUUACUAUGCCUCGUGUGCUACAUUACGACGAAGGUGCUGAUCUACCUGUUUCUGGUCGAAAAAGCACAUAUUAUCCGAGGGACGAAGCCGCGCCUCAAGUCGAAGCUCUACAUCUUCAACUCGUUUGGCAUGCUUGGCGUAUAUGCCGUCAUUGCCAUCUUGAACUUCAUCUUCCGAAUUACACGGAUAGAUGACGGGCAGUGCUACAUCGGAAUGCAGAAGGUCUCGAUGAUCCCUCUCAUCUCCUUUGACGCCGUCGUCAACAUCUACCUUACCAUCCUCUUCCUCAUCCCUCUCAAGAGUCUCUACUCUUUCAAACACUUCCCCAAGACGCCAGCCAACGUGCGCUUGAGGACAGUCGCGCUGCGGACUUUCAUCGGUGCCCUGUGCACGUUGACCAGCAGCAUUGUGAACCUGACCGUAUUAAUGGUCCUUAACGUCCUCUUCUCCGCUGUGGUCGUCCAAUGGGUGACCUCCAAGGAUAACGCUGCCACGCAAGGCUCCUCUGGGGUCUCACAUAGCAACGACCAGAACCCCUUCGGCGGCGACGAGUUCCGUCACGGCCCGGAAGGCCAGUACUCGCCGCACAUCGCUCCGAGCCAGAAGCAUGUGCUGCACGACAUUGGCGAGAUCUCGCUCGACAGCAGCGCCCGCUCUGACUGCGCCAACAGCGACAAGACAUCGAGCGAGGUGGAAAGAAGUCGAAAGGCGUCGUCUGCGGGAUCGAACGGCGGAGUAAUGGUGACGACGACGAUUAGGCGCGAGUCGAAACCGGGGCCGGCUCUCUUCGAGGAGAUGCAAAUCGAGGAUGGGUACACGGCAUCAUCAAACGCGUCUCGUCCGCCGAGCGAGCAGGAGCCGAGAGAGUACGAUGUGUAUGGGAGGAAUUCGCGGACGAAAAUCACGGCCGGCAAGCGUUGA